AUGAUAUUUUUAGGUUACUUCUUGAUAUACGUUGUCCGUUAUAACCUAAGUGUGCAUCUUGUCGAUAUGGUCCAAAUGUCAAAGAGAGAGAUCGAGAGAAUAACAUUGAAAAGUGGGAGAAAUGAUUCUAUUCGUAAAGUUUUUGAUUCUAGAAAAGGGACAAUUAUAGACGUCAUGUUUUGGGACGAAAUUAAAAUGGCACAACUAUUUUCCGCUUACCAUAUUGGUUAUUGCGUUUGUUUUCCUAUAUUCCACAACAUUGGUGAUAGAAUUGGACCUACAUGGGUGGUAGGCAUAGCUGGCAUGGUGUCAGGUAUUCUAAAUUGCCUUACGCCUGCCUCUGCUUACCAUCACUUCUGGUCAUUUUUUCUAGUACGCGUCAUAAAGGGAUUCUGUGCGGGUGCUAUGUUACCCAGCAUGGUUCAAGUCCUAAGGCAUUGGGUGCCGCCAUUCGAACGAAACCAUUUCAUGUGGGCCUACUGUGGAAUAACAACUGGUACAUGUUCAACAUUCUUGAUAUGUGCUGCUGUCCAUUUCUACUCUCGAUGGCCAGUGGGCUUCUACGUGUGUGGGACCAUGCAGAUAAUGUGGUCAACCGCUUGGGUUUUUGCCGUCAGUGAUUCUCCGAGAAAACAUCCCUGCAUAUCUGAUGAGGAAUUGGAAUAUUUAAAUAAUACAAUUGGUAAUGUGUUUACGAUUAAGUUAACCAAUACUCAAGCUCCUUGGAGAUUAAUUUUAAAAUCGGUAGCUUUUUGGGCUUUAUGUGUUUUAAAUUUUGGAUACGCUUGGAUAAUAAUUUCGCUGUGCAUACACGGCCCGCUGUAUUACACUCAAGUUCUAAAGUACACUUUAUAUCAAGCGUCCGCUCUAACAGCGCUACCUUUUCUAUUGAGAUUAAUACUGGGUACGAUUAUAAUUCAGUUGUUUUACUAUUAUAAACAAAAUGAAAAAAUUAAAAGAAUUAAAUACAUACGAAAAUAUAUAAUAUUUGUUUCUCAUGUUAUACCUGGCAUAAUGAUAUCGAUAUUGUGGUUAUUUCCUGCAAUACCCGGACCGACUAUUUUGACAUUAGCAGUUGCGCUUACUGCUGCAGGAAUGGAUAGCACUUUUGACAUUUGUUAUGAAUUAACACCAAUGUACGUGAAUUCUGUAAAUACAGUUAUUAAAAUUAUUGGAAAUACAUCUGGCAUCAUCGUUUCUCUAUGCGUAGGAGAAGUUACGUAUAAAUACAAAAACACAGUAACUGUAUGGAAGAAUAUUUGGUGUUUUCAUGCCACAAUUCUAUUACUGUGCGGGAUAACAUUUUUAAUUUGGGGCGAAACAGAUGUACAAACUUGGAAUUCAUUAAAAAAUAGGUGUUGUAUACCGAUAUAUUAUGUAUUUUACCGUUAUUUAGACUGUAUAUGUUAA